AUGACAAAAAGCCUGAAAAAACAUGCAGGUCUGCCACAUCCCAGCAAAUGGCCCUGUUUCUCCACAGAUGUGGUAUUCCCCAGCGAGUCUGUGGAUGGAGUCGUCACGGAGGAAGGCAGGAUCUUGGUCAGAUAUCAAGCGCCCAUGGGGCAUCCUGACCGGGAUGCUAUUAAGGAGUUGGAGAUCCCCCGGGAGCCGACAGACCUCCAGGGCCUAAGGGUCCUGGAGGUCGAUAUGUACAACAGCAGGACUCAAGCUUACGAGAUGGACAAGAAAUAUUCGGACUGGUUCUCUGAGUGGUUUGGGUUCGAGGUUUUGUUGGUGUAUCUGGGCGGGAAUCGGAGGCCUGUGCUAGGUAAUGUGCCCCCCAACGCUGCGGCGAAGAGAGCAGUAGCAGGUGCAUCUCAGCCUGCCUUGAAGAAUGCAGGCGGUGGCUGGAUAUCGAAUAUCGCCAAGUCUCUGUUGUAUCUCGGAAGCACCACUCCCUCUGCAAAAAGGGAGGGUGACGAAACCGACGAGUGGAUCACUUUCGCAGAUAUGGCGCCGUACCUCGUCGUUUCGGAAACGUCUCUGGAGGAAGAGGCGUACGAGGAGGACUUCUGGGGAGAGAUCACAGUCCAGACUGAUGUCAAUCUCAUCCUAACAGCGAACUGUGGGAGGUGUGUUAGUAUCAACGUCGACUAUGACACUGGCGCACCGGGCAGCGGCGAGGCGGGAACCAUGCUUAAGAAAUUGAUGAAAGAUCGUCGAGUUGAUAAGGGGAAUAAAUAUAGUCCCGUCUUUGGGAGGUACGGGUUUAUAGAUAAGGGAGCUGAUGGUUUGCAUAUAGAAGUGGGCGAUGACGUUGUUGUGUCACGGAGGAACAAGGAGCGGACGACUUUUUUUUGGCCGAUGUAG